AUGAAUUUAAUUGAUUCUUUAUCGAAUGAAUUCCAACAACUUUUAAGUGAUUAAAAGAAAAACCAAGUUUUGAAACCUCUUAUUUAAGGAAUUAUAGACGAUAUCAAGAAGCACAAGUCUUAAUAAAAUUUACCUAUUUAAGAAAUCAUCAAAAUCCUUGUUAGACUUCCUGAAAGCAAAACCAAUCAAACAUCUGGAAUAGCUCUUAAUAUUAUCCUAAAAUUAUUCAACACUCCCAUAUUGCAGGAAGCAGACCUUCAUCCCUUAUUGCAUUCUCUCUAUUUGUUUAAAGAUGAAAUAAUUGAAAAUGUGCAAUUAAAAUUAGUGUAAUGCAGUGUCCAUUUAAUUCAUAAAGAAAUAGUAAAUAUCAAUAAUCCUGAGUGCAUCGAAAAACUAAUUUGCAUAUUCUUCACCCUUGUGAUUUCAAAAAAUCCAAUCAUUCAAACCACAUCAAUGACAGGUCUAAUGAAAAUCCUCGAUUUCUUAUAUGCAUAAUACAGUGAAAAACCCCAUAGAAACGGAGUUCUGAUAUUUUUACAACUUAUUUAAGGAAUGAAAGGACAAAAGGUGCCCUUCGUUGUAUAACACUAAUAUUCUAAGGGAAUAUGCAGAGAUAUGAUAUUUCAGAUAGUCCAAAAUUUGGGUCCCUUUUUAAAUAAAGAUGAAUAACUCAGCAAAUUAAUAGAAGAAAUCUCUGCCAGUAUUUAUGAGGAAAUGAGUUUGGAUUCUGCAGAUGUUUAAUUCAAUGCAAGAAGAAUAAGGGACUCAUUCAGAAUGAUUGUGAGUUUACAACGUGACAUAUCAUUACUUAAACACAUAAGUCUACUAUUUACAAGAUCUCCAUCCUAUGGUUAUGUUAGAUACUGGAUCUUAGAAGGAAUUUUGACCCUACUACAAGAUCCCAAAUUGGUCAUGCUACUCUAUCAAGGACCUUUAUAGGAAGAACAAUAAUAGCAAUAACAAUAAUAGCAAUCCACUUUUUUAUAGCAUUUGGUUUUCAUCAUCAAACUAUCAACUGAAUAAGAACCUCUAUAUACAAUAAAUCAGUCAAAUCAAUAAUAGACCUACGCUAAAUAAAAGAAGCUAUACGAAUAGAAUAUCUUGAAUUUGACGGAAAUUCCCAUAUACAACAAGUCAUAAUUUACCUAAAAAUCAAUUGAAUGCAUCUCUCAUUUUACUGAUUCAAUUCUAUAAAUUGCAUAUGAAAAAUAAAUUGGGCUAUUUAGUUUGAAUUACAAAUUGUCUCAAUCAAAGAUCUUGAUUGAAGAUAACUGUAAGGAAGUCAAUUAAAUAAUCGAGACUACACAAUAAUUAACUCUAAAAACCAUUUAAAAUCUAAUGAUAAAUCUGAAUGAUGAAAUCCAGUAUUAAAGUAUCUUAAAUUCAAUACAAACUUGGAUUAACCUAUCUGGUUCUUUGGGAUAAAACAAGACUAGAGAUGCCUUUAUCAAAUUCUUGAGUAGUCUUUGUGUGGCCAAACAAAAUACAACUCUGACAAAGAAUCAAUUAUAAAGUGCAAAAACCUUAUUCAAUAUAGCAUAAUUAGGAAAUUUAUUGGAUAUUAAAUCCUGGUAUAUCAUUAUGAAGGCUAUGUAAUAAUUUGAGGCACUCCUUUAGAAAUCUUAAAAUCAAAAUACUAUAUAAUAAGAGUCUCAUCCUGAGAUCUACUAAUAAGAAAUAAUGUUAUUAAACAACAUUUUAGAAGGUUUGUUUUCAUCAAGCAAUGUAUAUGAAGAUGCAAAUUUACUACAUAUGAUUGAAGCCAUAAAUUAAGUUACUUUGAGUCUGAUGGAAUAAUUUAAUAAUGUUUAAUCUUUAGUGGAUUCUAAGUCCAUCCAAUUUGGAUUACAAAAGAUUCACUAAAUAACAAAGUAAAAUUGGUUUAGAAUCAACAAGUUUUGGGAUUUUAUCACAGCUCAUUUUUUAUGCAUUGCAAACUAUAAACAUAAAGCAUUUAGAGAAUCCGCAUUGGAGAUCUUUUCAUGUAUAGUGCAAUAAGGAUUUAUCUAUUUCUUAAAGCCAGAUUAGAGUCUUUGUUGGGAAGGUGAUAGUUGGUAGUCUCAUUUAUUAAGUCCAAUUCAACAGAUGAUAAAUAUUCCAUAUGCUGAUGUCAAAGAGACUUUGUUGAAUAUAAUUUUUAAGUUGAUUUAAAAUAAUGGACAUGAAUUGAAUAUUCUAGGAUUUAAUACAAUAAUUGAAAUAUUGUUAAUCAGUUGUGAUGAAACAGAACCUACUGGAUAUGUAAAUAUUGGAUUUCACAUUUUGGAAUUGUUGAUAGGGUAAUUUAUGCAUUUAUUGGAUCCUAAGACAACCAGGAGACUAUUACCAUUAAUUAAGUAAUUUAGAUAAAGAACAACAGAGUAAAAUAUUAGUUAUGUUUCAGUUGGUCUAAUUUGGUAAUUAGCAGAUAAUUUAAGUAAAAUCUGCACAAAUCAAACAUCACAAACUGAAGUAGAGGAAUUAUGGACAGUGGUUUUAUAGAGUUUAAAGGAUUUGUCAUUGGACAACGCUCCUGAUGUUAGAUAAUCAGCCUUGCAUAUCAUAAUCUAAAUUAUAUUAAUUAAUUGUGGAUCAUUUAGAAUUAAUUUUUAAAUUGAUCUACUCAAGAACAUUAUAUUCAAGAUCUUAGAUGAUUUGAUAGGGAGAGUUGCCUAAUUACAAUAAUUGUAAGUGAUUUUUCACAUGAAAGUACCAAAAUAUUUAAAAGAAGAAGACUAUCCAAAAUUUACUAAAUUUUCUGAAUAAGAUUUGUAAACUUCAGUUAAAACUUAAAAUGAAGUAAUGGUAGCAUGGGAAGACACUCUUAAGAUUAUGAUUUAAAAUUUAACAAAGUUUUUGAAAAAGAUUGGCCAAUAAGAGGAUCAAGAAUUUAAAUAGCAUGCUUAAUAAUUAUACAACGAAACCUUUAUUAGAUUAAUAAUAUCAUUCAAAAUUAAUAAUUUAGAUUUAAGAUGGGAAAUUAUUCGUUUGAUUAAAGAAAACACAGAAAUUAUGAUUGAAAAGAAUUUGGUUGAACAAUUUGAUUGGGCCAAAGAAUUCAUCUUAUGUAUAUAAGAGUUUAUUGGAUAAAAGAUUUAAGAUAAUAGAGAUGUGAAAACAUUAAUCAACAAAAUUUUACCUGAAGUAUGUGAACUAUAUGUGUUGUUUCUCAAAGCUCACAAUAAAAAUCAAAAUUCAUUCCCAGAAGAAUUAAUAGAGGAUUUAUAUGAGAGUUACUAAGCAAUUGUUGAUUUGCCUAUAAACAUUGAAAACAUAUCUAACAUCAAGAUAUGGAUGGAUGAAAAAUAAUUACAUGAUUUUGCAGAAGACUUCUAUAUUCAUCUUAGCAAUUAAAAGGAUAAAUCUAAAUUCUAUGUAUUUCUCUUAUUAAAUAUGAAAAAGGAAGGUGGAAUGACAAAGUUGUAGGAUCUUGUUAUCCUUAAAUAUACGCAACUCUUAAGUAAAUAUAUAUCAGACAAAUAAUUGACAGAUCCUGAACUUAUUAAACAAUAUGUUGAUAUUUGUCUAAUUUAACUAUCAAUUAGAUAAAAUUAACAGAAAGUCAACAAUGUUAAAAAUUACAAUAAAACCAAUAAACCUUUAUGGGUUCAGGUUCUGCCUUUGAUUAUAGAAACCAUUCAAAUUUGUUAAAAUGAAGAAUAUAUCUAAAUGUUAGCUGAAUAACUCAAUUUUGCUUAGUAAUGGGACAAAAUAGUAAGCAUUGAUGGAUUGAAGAGCUGUAUUGAUGUGGAAUUAUAAAUUUGUGAUUGGCUCCUUUCAUAAGAAAUUUUGGAUAGAGAAAUUAUUAACUAUUGGGAAUUACUAUCUAGGAACAUCAAUUUGUAUCAAUUGGAAGAUUUGUUUUAUGAGACAAGAUAAAAGUUGAUGAAUAUAAUAUUCAAGAAACCAAAAAACUUAAUGACUUUAAAUUAGAUUUGCUAAUCCUUAGUAACCUAAUUUAUGAAGGAUGAAUAUAUGUCAGGAUCAAUGCCAUUAAGUAGAAAACGAGUUUAAGAAAUUAUUUAAUUAUUGUUGGAAUUACAAUCAUUAAAAGAUUUGAACUUGGAGCCACAUCCUUUACUGUAGGUCUUUGAAUGUUUAGUAGAAUUAAUAACAACAAGGGAAAUUGAUAUUAAGUAACCUUUAUAAAAUUUGUUUAAAUCUGUAGCAUUAAAGAUUAGAUCGCAUAAAUGA